AUGGGUGUAGAACCGCACCACCAUAGGGCCACCCUCAAGCAGACAAAUAAGCCGUUCAAAUCAAAGCAUGCAUCAAAAUCAGCCCAGAAAGAUCGAGCAAAAGGACGUACUGCUAGGCAGUCCGUAAAGUCGGCGAACCCACAAAAUACAGCGGCCCAGCUGCGUUCAAAUAGGAAAAAUGCAGCAAAGCAGAUCCAAAUAAAGAAGCGCCAGUCCUUGGUUGCCGCAACUCGGAUAUUCAAUGGCGUGGACGGUGCCCCGCGCAUUGUUGCCGUGGUGCCACUUUCUGAGGAUGUGACCUCCCAAACGGCGACCGUAGGUCUUGCUGGGUCCCUUGACCUACAAUCUGACAACAUUCCGACACAUGGUUCUUGGAAGUUGAAGGCAGAUCGAUUCAAAACGUCAGUACAAUUUAUACAUCUUCCGUACCGACACCUCUAUGCCGCACUCGACGCAUGCAAGGCCGCAGACUAUGUGCUUUUCGUGCUCUCUUCAUCCGUCGAGGUUGAUGCAUGGGGUGACAUGCUUCUGCGAGCGCUCCAAGCACAAGGUCUCCCUCAUGUCGUAGCUUGUGUGGCACCCGAUUCCUCUACUGAAGAUAGGAAAUCCCGCGCAGGAAUUGUAAAGUCACUCCUCUCGUUUAUGCAAUACUUUGUACCAUCACUCUCGCGUAUAUUCGAUCUCACGGCUCCUGCGGAUCGCGCCAAUGCGCUUCGUGCUAUUUGUGAAGGACAUCCCACCGAUGUUCGCUGGCGUACUGGCCGGUCAUGGUUGCUUGCAGAAGACGUCCGCUGGGAGGCAUCGGAGACGGUAGAUGGUGGAUCCUUGCAUGUCACAGGUAUCUUGAGAGGGACACCUUUCUCAGCAAACCGGCUUGUUCAUUUACCAGGUCACGGCGAUUUUCAAGUCGAGAAACUCGUAUCAGCACCUUUACCCCGCUCAGGCAGGAAUACUGCGAUGGAAAUAGAACCGACCCUACUUGCGGAACCUGAUUCAGAGGAAGCAGACUCCCUCGUGAGCACGAACGUCCCGGAUGACCUCGCUAACGAGCAAACAUGGCCCACAGAAGAAGAGAUGCAGGGCUCACAAGGUGCCGAUAUCGAACAGACGCCAGAUGCACAGAAGGGUACGACACCUCGGCGUGUCAAGCGCGUGCCGAAGGGUUGGAGCGAGUAUCAAGCGGCCUGGAUCGUUGAGGACGAAGAUGAGGACGAAGGCAAUGAUGAAGAAAACGAAGAAGCCAAUGGCGAUAGUGAUGUAGGUAUGGAGGAUAUUCCUGCAAAUGAGGGUCAAUAUCAAGACGCCGGGCAGGAAGAAGAGGAAGAAGAGGACAUGGUGGAACUCCCUGAACCAGGGCCGGGUGCAUCUACACGCCGGACUGUCACCUUCCAGGAUCUCGACAUGGAAGAAGAAUCUCGACAGCUAGACGCCUGGCGUAGUCGAGAUCGAACGAAAGAGGAAGCAGAAGACGCUGCCUUCCCAGAUGAACUAGAUACAUCGAAAGACAUGCCAGCACACGUCAGAUUUCAGCGCUACCGUGGUCUGCGUUCGUUCCGCACAAGUCCUUGGGACCCCUAUGAGAAUUUGCCUCGUGACUAUGCGCGUAUCUUUCAGUUCGAGGACUAUCGUCUGACUGAGAGAAACGUACGAAAGCGAAUGGAGGUGGAGGGUUAUGGCCUUGAGCCAGGAACGCGUGUAACAUUAACUCUGAAAGAUGUACCAGAGGAUGCAGGAAAGUUCGAUCCGGCAUUUCCUUUCGUAAUCUUCGGGUUGUUACAACAUGAACACAAAGUAUCCGUGCUCAACUUCACGGUACAGCGCAAUACGGAAUAUGAUGUGCCAGUACGUUCAAAGGAUCCUUUGAUUCUCUGCUACGGCCCACGCCGCUUGCGAACAAAUCCCAUAUACAGUCAGCACAUGCGCGGCGGCAGCAAGGGCGCAAACAAUGUUCACAAGUUCGAACGCUGGCUGAGGCAUGGGACUACGAAUGUCGCUACCACUUAUGGGCCAGUUACGUUUGGGAAUCAGCCAUGUAUACUUCUGCGGGAGACCGAUGAUCCGCAAGCCCCGGAACUUGUGGCAAUGGGUUCGUUCUUGAACACGGACACGACGAGGAUUAUUGCAAAGCGGAUCAUCCUUACCGGCCAUCCGUUCAAGGUGCACAAGAAGACUGCUACUGUGCGCUACAUGUUCUUUAACCAAGACGACGUCGCAUACUUCAAACCCAUUCAGUUGCACACCAAAUACGGUAGGGUUGGCCACAUAAAAGAGUCACUCGGUACCCAUGGGUACUUUAAAGCUCAUUUCGAUGGACCUAUCAACCAGAUGGACACUGUUUGUAUGUCAUUGUACAAACGCGUGUACCCGCGCUGGCCUACGUUAUGGGCAGAUGAGAGGGAAACAGGGUUAGAGCAGGAAGGGGACACUGAAAACGCAAUGGAAGAGUAG